GAGCAGUACGUGUUCAUCCAUGAUGCCCUGAUGGAGGCCAUCCUGGGCAGUGAGACAGAGGUACCCGCUUGUCAGCUCCAUGGUUACGUCAACAGCAUCCUCACCCCUGGCCUGGGGGGCCGCACGCGCCUCGACAAGCAGUUCAGACUGCUGACCCAGUGUAACACCCAUUUCAUAGAGUGCUUCAGCGCCCAGAAAGAAUGCAACAAGGAGAAGAACCGCAACUCCUCAGUGGUUCCAUCGGAACGAGCUCGAGUAGGACUGGCCCCUCUCCUUGGAAUGAAAGGCACAGACUACAUCAAUGCCUCCUACAUAAUGGGUUACUACAGGAGUAAUGAGUUCAUCAUUACCCAGCAUCCUUUGCCCCACACCACCACAGACUUCUGGAGAAUGAUCUGGGACCACAACGCCCAAAUCAUCGUCAUGCUUGCUGACAACCACGGUUUGGUGAGUAGA